GCACGUGGGACGCGCCGCCUGAGGAGCGCGCGGGAGGGGGAAAGUCCGCCGAGAAACCAUGGCGUCGCUCAGUGGUCGCACCGCGGUCUGCGUGAUCUGCCUGGAGAAGCCCAAGUACCGCUGCCCCGCCUGCCGCGUGCCCUACUGCUCGGUGACCUGUUUCCGGAAGCACAAAGAACAGUGCAAUCCUGAAACUCGUCUUGUUGAGAAAAAAAUAAGAUCAGCUGUUACUGCAAAAACUAUAAAGCCUGUGGAAAACAAAGAUGAUGAUGACAACUCUAUAGCUGAUUUUCUCAAUAGUGAUGAGGAAGAGGACAGAGUUUCUUUGCAGAAUUUAAAGAAUUUAGGGGAGUCUGCAGCAUUAAGAAGCUUACUGCUCAAUCCACACCUUAGACAGUUGAUGGUCAGCCUGGAUCAGGGAGACGACAAGGCCAAGCUCAUGAGAGCCUGCAUGCAGGAGCCCUUGUUUGUGGAGUUUGCGGACUGCUGUUUAAGGAUCGUGGAACCAUCCCAGAGUGAGGAUUCUUAACACAUUGUUGACUGGCAAUUUUACGAAGAAGUUAUCUCAUGUCAUGGGCUAGUUUUUUGUAACUGAGUAUGAAAGUGAAACAGUCUAAAUAAACUCCAGUAUACUUUAUUUAUACAUAAUGAAUUUAAGUGA